GUACCGGCGCGCGCUAAAUAUACCACGACUCACGAGCCUACGAGGUUAUCCCCACAUAUUUUCGUUAUUUUUCAGCAAUUGUAGACUUGCAUCAAAGCUUGUGUGUCAAGCAUUUUUUACGUCAAACGAAAAAAAGUAAGCAUUAAACGUUGGACCGCAUUACUCCGUACUGAACUUCUCGGUGCAUCUGCGUUUGACCGUCAAGUUACUAUUUACUACUGUACGCCAAAAAAGAAGCGUAACCUCAACCGUGUGUUUCAAAACACAAACAAAGUACGCGCACCCGCCGGUAUAAGUUUUUUUUGCCUCCUGAGUUUAGUUUACACUCCGGUGUAAACUUUUUUCGUUUCAAUCAUUAUUCAAAAACUGUCAAUGGCUUCUUUAUCGAACGAGUUUGGUCCGGAUUCGGGAGGUCGAACCAAGGGAGUUACUAUUGUCAAGCCGAUUGUAUUUGGUAAUGUAGCCCGAUUUUUCGGUAAAAAACGAGAGGAAGAUGGCCACACUCAUCAGUGGACAGUAUACGUUAAACCAUACCUCAAUGAAGAUAUGUCAGGCUAUGUUAAAAAAGUACAUUUCAAAUUGCACGAGAGUUAUAAUAAUCCAAAUAGAAUAGUUACGAAAGCUCCGUUUGAAUUGACUGAAACUGGUUGGGGAGAAUUUGAAAUAGCUAUUAAAAUUUACUUCCAUGACCCCAACGAAAGACACGUAACUAUGUAUCAUAUUUUAAAACUGUUUCAUCACACUACCACAGACGUUAGAGUGACAAAACAUCAUUUAGUAUCUGAAUUCUAUGAUGAAAUAAUAUUCCAUGAUCCAACAGCUUUAAUGGUUCAUUUGCUGAACGCAACAAAAGUUUUUGGACCUGGAAUUGGUAAACAUGAGACUAAUUUUGAAGAGAAGAAAGAGAAAUCAUUAAAAGCUAUUAUGGAUGCUAAAGAAAAAAUCAGAAAAGAAGUUACAGAAUAUAAAGAAAAACUCACACUUGCAAAAGAAACAAUUGCUAAAUUUAAAGAAAAGAUUGCUCAGCAAUCAAAAAGUGGAGCUGGAUCUAUUUAAUAAGAUUUAAUGUAUCAUGUAAGAUUCAUAGAGUUCAGAGAUGUUGAGACAUGAACAUAGUACUGAUAAAAUUCAUACGUCAAAAGAGGCAGUAGUAGCUCACCAGUAUAUAUAAUAUAUAUUUGAGCCUACUACAUCUAUUGAUUUAUGUUCAUGCUUGGAUCAUUAAGUUCAUCGUGUAAACGUGUAAAUAAUAUAUUUUAUGAUGUAAUUUCUACUAUAUAAAAGUAAGCAAUACGCUGACAGUCUUUA